ACUUGCCCUAAGAGCAGCUCUGCACCAUUCCCCCUCCCUUUCCGCUACCUACCGCCCUUCCACUCCCUCCCCUCCCUUCCCACCCCUUCCCCAAAAAGCACCAAGCACACUCUCACACCCACCCCUACCCUCCAAAUACCACACACACCACCCUUCUAACACCCACCUACCUCCCCUCCAUCCACAACCACAGACACACAGACACACACCUCACCACCAUCUCCCUUCCACCACCACCCUCCCCUCCGCAUCAGCACGCAUCAUAACCCCAGUAGCCCACUUCGCGUCAACACCCACAUACAAUCUCUCCAGCGAACCAGUCAGUGCACUGCUUCCGCACCACCACAACCUUUCACCCCUCCCCACCCACCCUCCAUACCCCGAACUGACAGCGGCCGUUGAGUUGCUUGCCUGCUCCUGCUUGCUUCUGCCGCUCCUCGCCGCCAAACCCAACCCACCACCCCCUCUAAUACCCCCGACGCCGCCUAUCGUUGGUGUGCCGUUGCCGCCAUCAGUUGUGGUUGCUUUGUUUGUCUAAAAUCGUCGUCGGUCGGCUGGUGUUAGAUCGGUUGCUCGCCCAUUUUUCGCGUCAAACUUUUCUCCAAUCCGAGCUCAACACUCGUGCACCAGAGUUCGCCCCUCCCACUCGCCCCCCUCCCCCCCCCUACCCCUCUCUGCAUGCCAUCCGCGGCCUACCCAAGUAUGUUUUCCCCGGCGGGUCAGUCGCCCAUGCUGAAUAACGGCGGGGUGCUCGAUGGCUCUGGGACUAUUGAUCCAGCCACUUUAAACCCUACUACUGCAUUCUCAUCGCACCUCUCGUCGGCAUCCCACAUUCCUCCUUACUCGCCUCCGACGUCUAAUGCGACCGAGUUUGAUGAUUCGAAACCUGGCGUUAGCGCACUGGCUAAUAGUAGCCCUCGGGGUGUAAAACGGAGUCGAUCACCUGCUGAGCCCUAUCGGGAUGGUGCUAUUGCUGGAGAUGAUCUAGGUACAGGAGCAGCGGGUGAACCGCCUCAACGAAGAAAGAGAGGAAGGCCACCAAAGAACAAGGGUCCUGGUGUCCCUCAGAGUCCAAAUCUUGCGACCACCCCUCAACAGCAACACCAACAGCUUCCGCCACAGGCUGUCAGUACCCCUCAGUUACAGCAGAUUCAACCUCCCGCUCAACAGCCAGGAUCGCUACCUACUCCCCCUAAACCACCCCCCGCUAAACCAGUGGUAAAGGCGUUGCCGACCGUGCGUGACCACACCACUGACCAACUCACGCCAGAGGGCGAUGAGUAUGUGCCACGCGAGACUGAUGAUGAGGGCGACAAGAAAGUGCUCCCGACCGGGCACUUGUGCAAUGGUAGGGAAUACAAGUGCCGAACCUUCAAUGUUCCAAACCGCGGAGACAAGCUCUUCAUGUUGGCCACUGAAUGUGCAAGGGUGCUUGGAUACAGAGAUUCGUACCUUCUUUUCAAUAAGAAUAGGUCACUUUAUAAAAUUAUUGCUACGCAAGCCGAGAAGGAUGAUCUCAUCCAGCAAGAACUCCUUCCGUAUUCUUACCGCUCGCGACAGAUUGCUAUUGUUACUGCGAAGAGUAUGUUCCGACAAUUUGGUAGUAGGGUGAUCGUGAAUGGCCGGCGGGUGCGAGACGAUUAUUGGGAAACCAAAGCCAGAAAACAAGGUUUUACAGAGGAAGAUCCGGCUGGUGAGAAGAGGCCUGGUGCGGCAAAGCAAAGAGCCGCACAAGCCAGUGAGCAAGCUGCCCAACAACAACAGCAGCAGCAGCAGCAACAGGCGGCCGCAGCUCAACAGCAGCAGCACCAUGAACCAAUCUACCCUCAUGAUGCUGUGCAACUUGACCAACAGCCACAACCUCAAAUGGUCCAGCCGGGUCUUGGCGGGCCAGCCCCGGUUCCCCUCGCACCUUUGCCAAUGAUCCAUCUUGCACCGGAAAGUCAGGAUAGAUUAAAAGAAAUCUAUUCGGUGCCUCGUCCCAAGCAAGAGAUUACUGGACCCCCAUACCAAGACCGUGCUGUCAGUGCCGCUCCCGCACAACUCAUGGAGCAGGUGCAUAGCACUGCAGAUUUCAAUAAAGUUCUUCGAAAUAGUAGUGGUGUGAGGAAGGAGAUGUACACCAAUUACUUUAAGCCUAGAUCUCCUCCAGUUAACAAUCAGCCCGGCCAGCAGCAGCAGCCGAUGCCAAGUCCCCAGCAGCAGCAGCAGCAGCAGCAGCAACAACAACAGCCCACGAACCCUCCGCUACCACAUCCCUCUCAACAUAAUCCAAUCCCACAGCACCCUCAACUCCAUACGCCACACAUGAUGAACCCGCAGCAACUGUCAACCCUACACCACCAGCAACAGCAGCAGCAGGCCCAAGCUCAGGCCCAGCAGCAACAGGCUCAACAGCAGCAGCAGCAGGCCCAGCAGCACCAAAUCAUGCCCCAACAGUCUCCACGAACCACUCAGAGCAUCAAACCGGAGCAGCUCCACAACCACCCAAGUGCUGCCUACAUCACCCCCCAGUACUUCCAAUCUCCCGGCCCGCAGCAGCAACCGGGGCACCCGCAGCAUCACUCACAGCAGCACCACCCCCAGCCGCAUCCUCAGUCGAUCCCGGCAAUGCAUGUGCAGCACGGCGGACAGCCGCAGCCCCCGCUGUACUCCAACCCUACCCCCCAGCACUACUUGGGAAACCCGCCGCCACCGCAGAAUUACCGUCCGCAGCCACCACAGCAACAGCAGGGUGGGCAGUGGUGGAAUGCUACGGGUUAGAUAAAUGGCGUUUGCGCGAUGAGUGCGUUUGCAUGAUUAGUAUGGCCGUCAUGGUGGUUCUCGUCGGCGGUGCUGUCAUCGUUGUAUUGACGGGACGAAAUUGGGGUGAUUGUGCGAUUGGCACGAGGCUUCUUUCUCUUUCUUCUUGCUCUGGAACUUUUUUCUGCUUUUAUUUGCUUCGGUUUGAUUUGAUUUGUGCUUUAUGUUUUGUGUUUUGGUCGUAUCUUGUUUUUUUUUGUAGGCCGCAAGAUUGGGGAAUACUGGAAUCUGCUCUACUCCGCGUCAUUCUUGUUCUAACUCUUUCUCCUUUUCUCCCUUUUGUUCCUUUACCCUGUUAUCUUGAAUAGCUCUUUUUUACUCUUUUUCCUUCUCGUUUUUACUUUUUCACUUUUACCUUAACCUUCUCUUCCCCCGCCCGGGUCUUCGCACAAUCAACCAAUUGGAGUCCCGUUUAUUUCUUCCCCUUUUACUUCUACGUGAAGUUUGGCUACGCGCAUUCCAUUCCGUUCAAUUCCUUUGAUAUAUAUCUUUCUUUCUUUUCCUCAUUCGCUCAUUCUAUACGCUCCUUAUACCAAUUGCCUUCUUUUCUCCUGUUAUCUCUGCGAUUGGGAUUUGUCACUUUACCUCUCUUCAUUCGGUUCGUUAGGUCUCCAUCUCCGUCUCCAUCUAGUUGUAAUCUGAGGAUAAUUGGCCCAUCUCUUUUUUCCACUUUUACCUAUUUAUCUAUCUAUCCACUUGGCUAUUAUUUA